AUGCAUAAUAAUGAAUAUUUAGCGAUUCUCGAAGGUGCAACAGAUGCGAUUGUCAUCCAAGAUGCGUUAAAUGACCUAGCAACAAUCUAUCCUUUGAUGGUUACUGUAGCUUUCGUAGGUAUUGCAUACGAAGUCACUUUUCCAAUCGAAAUGGGUGAUGUUUCAUUGCUGACGAUUAUUUCAACUGCUUUCAUCAAUCCACAAUAUGCAAUAGAAAGCGUGCAAGGCGUAGCAUCUGGCACAAAAUUAGCAUUUCGAUUAGAUGGGGCUACAUCGAGCUAUUUCGAUUUUCGAACUAGUGUUGUAACAAAUGUGAUGCUAGCAAAUGCGUUUAAUCAAUUGUUUACCAUUCGAUGUCCACCAUCGCUCUACGAUCAACAGGCAACAUCAUCUAUUGUCUAUUCCAAUGAAUUUGAAACACCAAAUCCAUACAAUGAUUCAAUUAUUACAUCAAAUAUGGCUUUCUGUGGUCGUGGCGCACUCACCAGUGACUAUCUAGUUAUAGGGAAUAUGCAGCCUGCUGACUAUAUGUGUUUUGCAUACAAAAUUCCACCAAAUGAUGCCACUAUUAUUAUGCUUUUCUAUGUUCGAAGUGAGGGAGACUCAUCGAUCAAUACUUAUGAAUAUAUAAGGAUGCAACUAAAUCAAGAUGGACAUUGGCAUUAUACAUGUAUUAAUCUACUCAAUACACUUCAGCAACAUUCAGUGACAUACUUGACCAUUGAUACGUUUCUCAUUAUGAGUGUUUACCUAAAUUCUUAUCCAUUCGGUACUAGGUUUGAUACAGUUACAUUGCGUACCUCGCUACCUAAUGGAUAUGAAGAUCAAGAUACUGUUACUACGACUGAUCAAUCAUCAUCAGGUCAAUGCAUAUUUCCGUUUGUUUAUAACGGUCAAACAUACUUCACAUGUACACUUGAUGAAAACAACAUGCCUAUUUGUGGUUCGAUUUCAAAUACAACAUUCUAUUGUCAAAAUUCAUCUAUUGAAGGCGUUCGACGUCUCUAUCCAAAAUAUCAAUUACUCUACAAUUCACUUAGUGUAACGCAUUCAAUUGAAAACAAGACGAUCGAUAUUUCAUUCCGUUAUACUUCAUGUACAUCACCAACAUUGAUCGAACCACUACCAUCUACAAUUGCCAACGUGACUUCGAUCACAAAUGCAUCGAAAGCUAUCGGCGGAGUCUAUGAUAUUAUGUUUAAACAACAUCUAUAUACGUCGAUUCCAGUGAAAAUUACCGGACAGGAUCUAACCAAUCUUCUUCAAUCGUUUCCUGAUUUCGGCUACGUAAUUGCCGAUAGCACUGGCGAAUGUGCACAAUAUUCAUACACUAUUCGAUGGCUAACAAAUACAAAGCAACCUCUAAUAGCAAUCGUCAAUUCAAGUGAAGUGAUACCGAUCGAAACAUCGAUAACAGUUAGAAUGCUACAAAGUGGUGGGGAUAGCAGUUCAUUUUAUAAUCUUCCAGCUGAUAUGUUACGAACACGGCAUACGAUUCCUCAGGUCGAAGUUCUUGUUGGCGGUUAUUCAUCGUACUGCUCAAAUACUGAUAGUAAUUGUCCAUUUCAAUGGUCCACCCAACAAACACCAUUGAUAUUUGCCGUAAAUCAGAAUGGAUCUAUUGUGACAAUUGAUGGUAUUGGGUUUGGUUCCACAAUUGAAUCGAAUAUAGUUUCGAUUGGUGAGAAUGGCUCAUGCAAUGUAACAGAAGUUAAUACAACAUCGAUUAUCUGUACAAUUGUUAAUGCACCAUCUGGUCAACAGAGUGUACAAGUUAAUGUUAUUAACAAAGGUUUUGCAUGGAGUAAUGAAAGUGCCACUGUUGUAGUCCAACUUUCGAUCAUUUCAUUUCAGCCGACCCGAGGAGGAGCUGGUGGAGGUUAUCGAUUGACUGUUAUCGGAACAGGUUUUUCAUCAAAUGCCUCGAUAACUAUUGAUGGGAAUCCAUGUACGAAUUCUUCCGUAGCCAAUUUUUCUUCGAUUACAUGCAUUGUACCACCUUUUACAAACAUACAUAAUGAUCAAGCACUUGUGACUGUUAUUGAUGGAACUCUUUUGGCUAAUGCAUCUUCGUACUUUUCAUAUAAUACGUCUGUGACGCCCAUCAUAUAUUCUAUAAGUCCAACUAUUUUUACUUUGAAUGGUGGAACAUUAAACAUCAGUGGUGUAGGUUUCGGUAAUAGCUCAGUUUCCGUAUUUGUCGGUUCUACAAAUGUUUCUAUUAUGCCAUUGUCUUCAAAUCAAAUCCUGGUAAGACUAAGUGCAUUGCCACCUGGUCUCUAUUCUAUUAGGGUGAACACGUCGAUCGGUUUUGCUCGACCUCUUGUCUAUGUAGAAUAUCGAUUUUAUGUGCAACAAGUCUUUCCUCAAGUUGGCUCUUUGUACGGCGGUACCAAUGUUUCAGUUCAAGGUGAAGGUUUUGAUAACUCGACGAUCAUUCAAUUUCGCGAUCAAAACAACUUUCUCUUUCCAUGCACUAUCAUGUCGAUAGAAUCGACUCAAAUUAAUUGUCGAACAACGUCUUUUGUUUCGCAAGUAACGAUCACAAACGGUAUCGAUCCAAUAAAAGGUUUUGGUUUUGCUUGGUUGCCUAGUCGUCAAACAGUACAACAGGGUACUGUUGUUACUUGGCAAUGGAAUUCACCAAUAGUCACGACACCACUCACUUACAAGAUCUUACAAGUAGCAAAUCCAUAUGGUAAUCAACUUGUAACAGGUGGAUUUGAUUCUGGCUCAGCAAUAGCAUCUGGUUCAGUUUUUGGUGGUACUCGAGUAAUAAUCGAUGGUGAUGGGUUCAGUCCAGACAAUACACGUGUGUUUAUCGCAGGUACAGAGUAUACAGACUUGGCAACAAUAUCCUAUUCUCAAAUUAUUCUGACUACUCCAUUGCAAUCAAUAUAUCAAAAUCUUAAUUUAAGUGUGAUCAUUUUCAUUGGCAGGAAUCAGGCCGUAUGCUUAACUUCGGUAUGUCAAUAUUGUUGGGCAACCAGUGUUACGCCGUAUUUACGUUCGGUGAACACUUCAGUAAAUCAAAAUCUUACUACAUUUACACUUCAUGGUCAAAAUUUCUUUGGUGGUGGAGGCACGACGAUUGGUACACGAGUGAAUAUCAACAACAACUAUUGCAAUAUCACUUCAAUAACAAAUCAAUCAAUCAUAUGUUCAGCGUAUGAUGUGGAAGCUGGUACACAUGACAUUUUCGUGUCAAUCGAAGGGGUCGGAAAUACUAAUACCUUGUCGAGUGUCAUAUCAACAGUAUUUCUAUCGAGUGUAUCACCUACAACAAGUGGUAUCUAUGGUGGCAUAUUAUUAAGUAUUAUAGGCAUUGGCUUCUCAAGCAAUAUCGAACAAAUUCAAGUUACUAUUGGUUCGAAUCCAUGUCUUAUAGUUCGAGUGACAACGAAUGAAAUUCAAUGUAUUAUUCCUGUUCAAGACAAUAGCUCGAAUCCCGAAACUAUUUACGUCGUUUCCAAUGGGAUCACAGUCACACUCCCGUCUUCAAUCUAUUAUAAUGCUACAAUUACACCGAAUGUGAUUUCUGUUGAACCUACGUCCGGCAGUACCUGGCAGAUAUUGAACAUUACAGGCGAAAACUUUGUUAAUGGGCAAACCAGUGUUCGAGUCGGAAAUACCCUAUGUGUUAUUACAAGUCUAUCGACGACAUCAAUUACGUGUACACUUGCUUUAAGCAUAGCAACAGGUCAUUACCCUGUCAUUGUACAUGUAAACACAAGCGGAGAUUCAAAUUCCGAUAUACUUUUUUUUAGUGAACUUUUACUUACUAAUAUAACACCGGCACAAGGUAGCUACGGUGGUGGUCUUCAAGUCACAGUCAUCGGUGAUGGAUUUAAUGGAACGAAUUUAAACGUCACUAUAUGUAAUCAAACUUGUUCAACAGUUGUAGUUAUUUCCAAUACUGAACUCACCUGUAUCACACCUUCUCUUGUACCUGUCGGAUUUAACACUUCGUGCAAUUUAACGGUUAAUAUCAAUAGUAUAAGUAGCAGUAUGCCCUUUCUUUAUACCUCCGAUUUAACUGCAACGUUAGUGUCUGUGAGUCCAACAAGAGCCGGAACAGGAGGUGGAACAACACUCACUAUCAAUGGAAAUAAUUUUCCGAAUUCGACAGAUGUAUUACUAGUAACGAUUGCAGGCGUGAUAUGUUCAGUGGAAACUAGCAAUAGCACUUGUAUAACAUGUGAGAUAGGCAGUUAUAUACAAUCAAGUACUGUGGCCUCAGUGAUGGUACUUAUCACUGGUAGUGGCUAUGCAGUUGGCUCAGUACAAUUUCAAUACAUUGAUCUAUGGUCGAGUCGAUGGACAUGGGGCGGUGAUGAGCCACCUGAAGCUGGUACUCUUGUCUCAAUUGAUAGUGGAGUAACAAUCUAUUUGGAUACAAUAACACCCAUUCUUAAGGUACUCCUUAUCGACAAUGCGACGUUGAUCUUUGACGAUUCACAAGAUGUUGCCUUAAAUACAGAAUACAUUGUAAUUACCAACGGUGGUUGCCUUCAAAUCGGGAAUGAAUCGGAUCCAUUUCAGCAUCAAGCUAUCAUUACAAUGUAUGGUCACUUGCGAUCAAUCGAAUUACCAAUCUCUAAAGUAUUGGCUCUGCGUGGUGGUACUGUUGACAUGCAUGGAGAAACGACUAUCCGAACUUGGACCAAACUAGGAAACACGGCUAGUAAUGGUUCAUCGACAAUUACUCUUCUUGAACAAGUCGACUGGUCUAUCGGCAGUCAAAUUAUCAUCGCCACUACGGGUGAUUUUCUUAGUCAACAAGAAAGUGAAGUUCGUCGCAUAAUGAACAUAUCGUCCGAUGGACUGACAUUAACAUUGGAUGAACCAUUGAGGUACACUCAUUUAGGCGUUACACUAGAUUUAAAUGCGACAUGGAUCGAUAUUCGUGGUGAAGUUGGUUUACUCUCGCACAAUAUCAUCUUCCAAGAUGAAUUUGCCGUUCAAACAUGCUAUUUGGGCCGAUAUGGUGAAGAGAUCGGCUCUGAUCAAUUUGGUGCAACAAUAAUGGUUAGUCAAGAUAUGAUCACUGCUAAUGGUACUCAACAAGUUAUUCUACGCUUAUCGAAUGUUGAAUUGACUAAUCCCAAUAAUAUUGUUGAAAACAAUGCAGUAGCUGGCAGUACACAUUAUGGAUAUUGGUAUCGAUUACUUGAUACGCCCAGUGGUGCAUCAUUUGCUUUAUAUCCAAAUUAUUCUCCUUAUACACAACCGUUUGGUCGCUUUUAUAAUAACAGUGUACAUAGUUCGGGUCGAUUCGGAGUGUGGAUCUAUCCACAAUACUCACCGACAAUCUAUGGUAAUCCUUCACCACCUCAAGCUGUUUUCGAUGGAAUCGUUUCAUGGAAAAAUCGCAAAGGAUUCGAGUGGGUCAAGUCCAAUGCGAUUCAAAUUAGAAAUGCUUUUGCUUUCGAUAACAAUGAUGUUGGUAUUUCUUGUAUUACAGCUUUUGAUUAUCAAAGCCGGUGGAGAUCAAGUCUUCUUGGUAAUGGUUCAUCAGUGGUCGAUAGUGUUAUUAUUGGUGACACAGGAGGGUCUUCAAAUCCAAUCAUACCAUUGGUUGCAGGUCUUGUUGGUAGGCAAAUGUUGUGA